AUGUUGACUCCUACGAUCGGUGUCAAAACCGCCUUUUUCUACGCCUUUGGAAAUACUCUAGCAACCAGUUUGACUCGAUGUGUACCGCAAGGUCAGGAUGUAGAUAUUCUGUCUCUGGGAUGUGGUGACUUGCGCAAUAUUCUAUACACAACUUAUAUCGAGAAGGGCUUUCCGCAGAGACAGAUUGACUUUACCUGCUGUGAUGUUGCAGACACUAUCAUUGCUCGCAAUGCCUUCUUUCUAGUUUUGCUCCUCGACGAGGACUGCAAACUGAGUAGUGAGCAGCUAUGGAAUGCCUACCACCAUCUUUAUGUUGAUGAAGAGACCACUGCUGCUGUAUUGCAAACAGCCACCAAGCUGCUGACCAUAUCCAAGUGCCUUGAAGAUUGGAAGAGCAGCAAAUACGGCAAAUUUAUCAAGUUCUGCGAUGCCGACACUUUGUCAGAUGUUCGACGUAUCUGGAUGGUCAUCAAGAAUGCCGCAUCCAAGUGCCAGUCUGGUGAGUACAUGGAGACAUUCGCGCAGAAGGUCAAGCCGUCCAAGGAUCAUCAUCAGCAAGUGUUUGGUGAAGGAGGCGCCAACAUCACGGUUAUGCGUUCUGCGGCACCACUCUCUAUGCAAGCUGGCACAAAACUCGUAGAGAUGUCCAAUCAGUACUGGAAAGAAGGAACGGUAACGCCACGAUCGGCUACCGACAAGUCACCAAAUCCGCUCCUCGCCAGCCUUCUUUCUGCGGACAGUCUCUUGCACUACGGGACAGAUCCCAUCAUGGGCUUCCAUCUCGCUACUGCUUAUGCUGCCCUCCGUAAAGGAUCUCCCCUCGAGCCCAAGGACCCGGACCAAGACUUUGUCGCUUUAGCUGCUGCCAAAACCCAGUUCAACGAAUGGAUAUCUGCUUUCAAGUCAUUGAAAAAGAAUAUAGUUAUUCGAUUUGCUGUUGCGGAUGCACUGGCUCUUUGCCAUAGCUUCCAGACUGCACAAGCAACAGGAAAAUCGGCCAAUCUUUACAGACGAACAUGGGACUCGCGACCACUUGUUUUGGACCCGAAGGAAUAUGGGAAGGACGGCAGAGGGCCAUCGUCGUUCGAUAUGAUCGACACUUCGAACCUAUCCGACCACAUCGGCGCCCUCAACAUCCUCAUUGCAGCAGGUCCACUACUUAAAGACGAGCCAUGGGCAUCGUUGUUUACGGAGUUAUUGCUCAAAUCUGGAAAGUCCAAGGACAGCGCUCUCGAAAAACUCCUCUGCGGUCAUGCACCCACCAUUUCGCUGCUGCUCGGAUAUAGCCCUGUGCAGUAUUGGACCAAUGCCAAGGUCGAGUCUCAUGUUGACGAAGUACUUCUCGGGCUUAUGAACCAACGGGAAAGAGAAACACAGACGCGCAACCGUUUGGCUUGGAAGCGUAACACUCAUUUCUCAGACCAGGCUAGUCAUGGCAAGCUUCACAUUGACUCCAAGCAACUGGUCAAAUUACUUUCUCCGCUCUACGACUACAUGUUUGAAGCUGAGAAUAUUUCCAAGGCCGACGAGAGGUCGCAUUCUUACGCUCAUUACAAUCGCACGAGCUUUGCAGCUUUUCUCAAGAUUGUCAUGACACGAGUCGCAACAGAAUGGCCAACCGCAUGUUCAGCUUUGAUCGAUUCCAUUGCUCAAGAACAUCGCUUUUUUCUAGCCAGUAACGGCAUGCAAGACCUGUGUCUGCAGCUCCAUCUUCACGGAGUCAAUACGGAGCCUUGGAUCAUACAAGAGAGCAGAACUAUCCCAGAAAAUGGAGCCUUCAAUCGUUGGAAGUCACUUCCACCAGCAGUCGCUGUCACAGUCGUGAUUCAGAGAAAGGCUGUUGCCAGUCUGUAUAGGCACAAGGAGAAAGCUCUCAAGCUGGCAUCACCACCACUUGUUGGAUCAGUGCGAUCCAGUCAUAGUGCGACAGAAGCGUGGCAGAAUAUGUUUGGAGAUGUUCAGAUUGCUUUCGGUCGUGUCGAAACGAAGAAGAUGCCUGACGAAGAUGAAUUCCAAGUCACCAUUGAAAGAGAUGGAGCUGGCUGGGACGGAGAUUCGCCCCUUGUUGCAUCCUUCUAUGUGCCUACUUCGACCCUGCAGAAUGAACCAAAGUCGGCACUGGUAGGACUGUGCGUUCCACCGACGGGUCAAAACUCUGCCAUCUUUGGGCCUAUCCUUGGAAUGACCAUGUCUGUCUUCGAGACUCGCAUCGACGACAGAUCCAACGUAUUCGUGACGAAGCACUUGCCUGGUCAAGUUACCUAUCCUGAUCUAUGCGCAGCUGUAAAGCCUCUUGACAACGGGGUAAGCCAAGGCCAAGAUGACAAGGCCACAAAGAUGCUGCUUGAUAUACCAUCAUCUGAGUCUACCAUAACCACAAUUACAGGCCAUCUGGACAUUACUUCGACAAAGGGCAGAGACUUGCUUCAGGAAAAGGUCCCCAUCGAAUUCCAUCAACAAACCCCCUUUGUGAUCAACAUCGUGUUUGGGAAAAAUGAGCUUGUUUGUCCUCUCAAGUUUCCAGUGCCUGUCACCAAGGAUAGUAUCAGAUCACGAGUUGCUCGAACUACAGGCUACAUCGAGCUGAUAGCACAACUGGCAACACCAGCCGCUUCUCCAGAACUACUGGACUUUAUUUAUCCCUCAGCGAUUUCGUCAUCCGGCACCCCAGCAAGCUUGAACAUGCCACAUGUGAACCUGGAUAACCUACCAGUUCUUGACCUGGGGAAUGCGGAUAGGAACCGGUGGAUGACGACUUUGACAUCGUUAACGUUCUCAACUCGAGAGAAAUACCUUCGUAGCAAGCGUGAAAGCGGCAUUUCGGACGAUCCAGUUGUCAACUUCAAAGAAUCUGUCUUCACCAUGUGCAUGCUCGCCUCAGGCUUACAAGGUGGUCAGACGGGCAUGUUCGCUAUCGACCAUCCUGACCGAGGAGGGAUUCACAUGCUGGUAUUUGUAUCAGCUUUCAGACUUGACGGUGACGCAGCCUCAAUCGUUCUUGAUGCAGCUGUUAUUCCGUUCACAAUGGAACUGGUAAAAUCUGAACGAAUGGAGUCUUUCCUUCUCAUGCUGAGGGAACUUGAGUGCGGCAGUAUCUCGGUGAAUGAUUCGGAGUUGGAUCUCUGGAAGAAGUCUCUUCCUGCGAUGGUAGAGCGCUGCCGUACCUGGUCUCACGGCAAGAAUUGCGAAUACAAGAAGAAGGGAGCGACCAUCCCGCUGAGUCUCAAAGACGGUGAGCAAGUUCUGUGCUCGUGCGGAAACGGUCAACUACCUGACAACUUCCUCUCACUUCCCGAGUGGGCAACUGCAGCACCUAAUGCUGUUCGUCUCGCCAUUAGUCCGACAUAUGCAAUUCCUUUUAACGAGGAGGUUAUCGAUGCUUCCGAGCUUUCUGGGACGCCAACUCAUGUAAAGCGAUGUACACGAUGUGCAAAGCCGGCGAAUGAGAAGAAAGGAGUAGUGCUCAGGAAGUGUACACGUUGCAACAAAGUCAGUUACUGUUCUCCGGAGUGUCAGAAGAAGGAUUGGAAGAAGCAUCGAGCGGAGUGCAAGUGA